ACAAGAGGCGGAGGCGGAGGCCGGCCUGUAUAUUAAUAUCAUCACACCGGCGAAUCUUCCUUUAUAUCCUUUGCUCUGUGCUCUUUUUAGAUAUUUCAGUCGUCGGUUCAAACUCCACUUGUUCCCCCAGCUGGUGUUUAGCAUUUUUGGCGUUUUAUAAUCCAGCAGCUUUUUCUACUUGUUUGUCUCACAAUCAGGGUUUAGGGUUUUGCACUUGCUCUGGGCUUUUUCUACUUGUUUAACCAAAUUGCUGAUACAAAUUCUGGGAGUGUGGCAGGUACGGUGUUUUGGGGGUGUAGAAUUAGAUGAGUUCGUGUUUGAGCAGAGGGGGGAGGGCCUAUGGCUUAGAGCUUGAGAUAAUAAAACCCACUUCCUCAGCUUCAAGCAGCAGUUGUCAGUCUUCGCCUUCUUGGAGCAGUGGCAAUUCCCCGCUCGCAAUCUCCACCAGAAAACCCCGAACUCCCCGCAAACGCCCCAACCAGACCUACAACGAGGCCGCCGCCCUCCUCUCCACCGCCUAUCCGUGCCUCUUCUCCCCACGAAACUUCACCAAACCCCCUAAAUUCACCAAGCCUCACCACCACUCUUUCUUCCAUGAUUCGUCCGAGCUGCUGUUGUUUCCUUUCCGGGCUAUUCACGACUCCGGUUUCUUGCUCCACGAUCACCCGAAACCCCUGGAGUCGAAAGUGGAGAGCGUUUGCAACAAGUUGUCAUGGAGCAGCGAUACCAGCAGUGGAGAAGUGAAUUCCCAUGGAGGAGGAGGAGGAGAUUCCAUGGAAAGGGAAAUGGAAUUCCGAGACGAUUUCGAUGCGGAAUCGAUUCUGGAAGAAGGCAGGGGCAUCGAUAGCAUAAUGGGGAAGCUUAGUGUGAAGCAGGAUGAGGAAUCGAUGAGUAGAAGCAACCUAGUUGGUCGUUCAUGGUAUACGGCGUAUACGGGGUUGAGGAAGGGAGUGAGGGCAUUGAAGCAUGUGGAGCAGCAAGCCAAUUGGUGGAAUUUCUCGACCGUGGAUUUGCACCAAAUCUCACCCAAAACCAACAACAACAACAGAGUCGAGAAGAAGAAGAAAAACAACCCAAAUCCAGGGCUGAAGCUGAAAUUGAAUUACGAGGAGGUGGUGAAUGCCUGGUCCGAGUCCGACGGUGGCUCCCCUUUUUCACACCAACCUCCCGGAAAUGAUGUCUAUAUGGAUUUAUUAAGUGAAGCGGAAGGAGGAGUGAGGGAGGCAAGCGUGCUCCGGUACAAGCAGAAACGGCACACGCGCCUCUUCUCUACCAAAAUUAGGUACCAAGUCCGUAAACUUAAUGCUGAUCGACGCCCCAGAAUCAAGGGCCGGUUUGUAAGAAGGACAAAUUCUUGUACCACGAGUGAUGAAACGUGACAAUUACGUACAUGAAGAAGAAGAACACAGGUUUUUGCCUUGUAAUGCUUCCACAUUAUUUCCAGUUCUUCUAUUCCCCCAAAGAGCAAGGUUUUGUUGGAUUGAAUAGUAUCCGGUUUUAUGAAUAAACAUCAUCAUUUCCAUUAUUA